CCAGAAAGCCCAGAGCUACACAAUUGAAACAUGCACAAGUCAUACCAACCACUGAAACCUGCAACAAACAAGUACCUGCAGAAGAAAUGGGACCAGACCAGAUAUGAUGAGCAUAGGAAUAAGCUGAGUACGGCCAGGCCCAUUGUGGACACUAAAGGCAUUAGAACACCUGCACAUGUUCAGCUGAAACUCAAGAAACUCCAGUUACAAGAUGAGAGGCUGGACACCAUCGAGAGAGACAACCGUCUCCUGUCCUCCAAGCUGUCUGACAUCGUGCGGUCCAAAGGUCUGGUCGACCACAGGAACCAUUAUCCCGAGAGAAGUCUGAACGCUGAGAAGAGGAGGGAUGAGCUGCUGCAGGUGACUAAUCAGAACCAGGCCAUCUACCAGCGAAUCACGGACCGUGAAUCUGACUACCGUCGCCAGCUCUGGUUGGACGACUGGGAGAGGGUGGUGCGCAGACGUGAUGACAUCGCUCGUUACCCUCGUGCUGUCGCCAACAAACAGAAAUCCAAGCGGAAGGUGAAGUUUGCGGGCAGUGACUCGGGACAACGUGAGAAGUCUUCCGAAAGCAACAGCUACAGUGACACCAACACUGACCAGGAGGUGGAGGAGGAGGUGGAGAAGAAAACAGACAAAAACAAAGAUACUCUAAAUGAAUGAUGAA